UCAAAAUCUGGUGAUAAGAUGUAUGACCUGCUUAAUAGAUUUGUAGAGCGUGUUGGAGAGGCUAAUGUGGUUCAAGUUGUGACAGAUAAUGCUAGCAAUUGUGUGCUUGCAGGGAAGUUGUUAGAAACAAAGUGCCCUCAUUUGUAUUGGACUCCUUGUGCUGCUCAUUGCCUAGAUUUGAUGCUAGAAGAUAUUGGAAAAAUUCCCAAAAUUCAUAACACAAUUAAAAGGGCAGUGACAUUGAAUGGAUAUAUUUACAUUCGUCCGGGUGUGGUGAACAUGUUGCGGCACUUUACUGGUGAAAGAGAGCUAAUUAGGCCAGUUGUCACAAGAUUUGCAACUGCUUUUCUCACCCUUCAACGUAUACGUAAGCACAAGGCGAAUUUGAGAAAGAUGUUUACCUCAGAGGAAUGGACCAAAACUACAUGGUGGCAAACUUAUGGAGCAACAACUCCAAAUUUGAGAAAUUUUGCUGUUAAAGUGCUUAGCCUCACUUGUAGUGCAUCUGGUUGUGAGCGUAAUUGGAGCAUCUUUGAGCAUGUAAGUGACAAAACAUCUCCCUUUAGAAUUAUACCUUUCAUUUGUUCUUUCAAAAAUUAUACUUAUUAAAAUUGUUAUAUUUUGCAGAUUCACAGUAAAAAAAGAAAUAGACUAGCUCAAAAUCGCUUGAAUGAUUUGGUGUUUGUCAAGUACAAUCGGUCAUUAAAGCGUAGAUAUGAUGCACGUGACUGCAUUGACCCCAU